AGCACGUAAAAACAUUUUCAUUGUCCUGAAAAAUGUACUACAGCCUAAACUGAAAAGGGCAAAAAUGGAUUGAUAAACACUAAAAAAGAAUCAGUGCCAAAAAAAAAGCAAAAAAACUCAAACUGGAAUGCGCGUGAAGGCAGCACCGGACAGCUUCUGACCAGCAGGUGGUGCCAGGUGCUAAAUCUACACCUACGGGCCGGUCAAUCAUUUCAGAGGGGAGUGAAGGCAAGAUAACGCCAACCGGGAGCACUUUGUUCACGAAGAGGGCUAAAAGUUUUACACACCAUGGGGUUUAUUUGCUGCAAGUCACAGCUCGUAUUUUCAUAAAACUUUUGGGAACUCUUUAGCCCUGUUUUUCCGGCACCCCCUCCCUCUAUUUAGACACAGCAUUUUUUUUAUUGACAUCGUUAUCCCCUGAGAGGCGCGGCUGACUGCACUAACGUUAGCUAGUUAACUGAAGUUAUUUCCCAUUCAGACCAGUCCACAAUUUGAGGAAACGAGGCAGGAUGAACCAUGAAGAAACCACGUCGCUACAGAGGCCACGCUAUGGAACUAUACAGGAUGAUGAGAGGCUGUCGGCAGAGGAAAUGGAUGAGAGGAGACGGCAGAACAUCGCCUACGAAUACCUGUGUCAUCUGGAGGAGGCCAAACGGUGGAUGGAGGCCUGCUUAGAGGAGGAUUUGCCCCCUACCACAGAGCUGGAAGAGGGACUCAGAAAUGGCGUUUAUCUUGGCAAACUUGCCACCUUUUUUGCCCCCAAAAUGGUGUCAGAGAAAAGGAUCUAUGACAGAGAUCAGGCCCGAUAUAAGAGCAAAGGGCUGCACUUCAGACACACGGACAACACGGUGCAGUGGCUCAGAGCCAUGGAGUCAGUGGGCCUCCCCAAGAUAUUUUAUCCUGAAACAACUGAUGUGUAUGAUCGCAAAAACAUGCCAAAAGUGGUAUACUGCAUACAUGCGCUGAGCUUAUAUUUAUACAAACUGGGAAUUGCGCCACAAAUCCAGGACCUACUGGGAAAAGUGGACUUCACAGAGGAGGAAAUCAGUAACAUGAGGAGUGAACUGGACAAGUAUGGCAUUCAGAUGCCAACUUUCAGUAAAAUUGGGGGAAUCUUGGCCAACGAGCUCUCAGUAGAUGAAGCUGCUUCUGUGAUUGCCAUCAACGAAGCUGUCGACAGAGGUCAGGCAUCUGUGACAUUUGGUGCUCUGAACAAUCCAAAUGCAAUGCUGAAAAACACCAAAGAAGCUUUGGCUCCAGACUACCAGGAUACUCUGAGCCAGGCUAAGGCUCGUAAACAGGAUCAGGCCUCAGGAAGGCGAUCCUCAGUUGCUACAGAAGAGAGAGAUGUUUAUGAGGAGCUACUGACUCAACAAGAAAUCCAGAGCUGCAUUGAUGUAGUCAACAUCCAAGCAGCAAUAAGACAGGUGAAUGAAGCAGUGUCCACCCAAGAUGAAUCUGCUCUGUUGGCUGCGCUCAGACUUGAAGCUCUGGCAUUGCUGGGUGUUCAUGAGACAAACUGUGGUUGCUACCUGGAGCAAUUUACCACCUGCUGCCAACAUAAGCCUAAGGAUGGAGGGAGGCCUGUGGUGCUUGACAAAGAAGAGAUUCAGAGGGUUGUAAGCUCUUGCAAUGACUUUGCAGAGGCAGAGAAACGAAAGCUUGAAGCAGUUGCAAGGAUCAAUAAAGCCAUUCGUCUUGGCAAUGCUGUCGAAACGGUGGAGGAGCUCAUCAACCCUGAGGCAAAACUGCCAAUUGUUUACCCAACUGCUUCCAACCUUUACCAGACUGAGCUCUUUAGUUUGCAGCUUCAAGGAGGACGGUCUGGACUGAGUCACGAGGAGCUGAGUGUCGCUGUGGAGAUGCUGUCAGCUGUAGCUGUGCUAAAUGAGGUGCUGGACACUAAAGAUCCACAGGCUGUGAUUGAGCAGCUGACAGACUCCCCACUGGGCUUUACCAACAUAGACCACAACAACCUCAACAGAUAUUCUGACAUGCUUAUCAAAGAGCGUGCAGAGUGUCUUUCCAAGGGCCAAGAAUUUCUCACGUGGAACGAUGUUCAGAAGUGCAUUGAUGCGGUCAACGUUCAGGUUCACGAGGAGCAUGAACGCAUCAUAGCUAUAGCUGAGAUCAAUGAGGCGCUCAACUCAGACGAUCAUCAGCAGACACUAGCAGCCCUGCUGCUCCCCACAGCCAAGUUGACGGGAGUGAACCCGGCCACAGCCAAGCACUACCAUGAUGUCCUGCAGCACACCAAACAGCUGCUCUGCCAGAGCUCUGGUGAUGAAUCAGCAGUGCUGUGGCUCAACCAAAUCCAAGAGGCCAUACGUGUGGCUAAUCAGAAUGAAGAGGAGGCCCUCACCUUGUGUGGAGCAGUGGCUCAUAUCAACAGGAUGGUGGUAGAAGGGGACUCCCUGAAUACCCUGGAGGCUUUGCAGGCCCCCAGUGCAGAGCUGAAAGCAGUCCUGCCCGAAUGUGCAGACACUUACCAGGCUGAACUCGCACAAAAGCAGACGAUUAAUGCGUCUACAGGAAGUGAUAGUUUAUGGGUAAGGCAUUGUGUUAGUGACAGAUACAAUUACUACUAUAACCUGGAGACUGGACAGGGCACCUGGGAGGAGCCUGAAGGAUUUGAGCACCACGGAGGCCAUCUCAAUAAAGAAGAUAUCCAGAAUGUUGUUAGCUGUAUGACUGCAGAAUAUAACAGGGAACAGCUUUGGCUGGCAAAUGAGUCCUUCGUAACUCAGCUGCAAGCAACCAUCAGAGGUUACCUGGUCAGGAAAAAGUACACUAAAAGAAUGGAGUUUCUUCGGCAGCAGGAGCCACAUGUUGUCAAAUUGCAGGCUUGCUGGAAAGGUUACAAACAAAGGAAGAUUUACAAAGAGAGGAUGAACUUGCUUCAGAAAAAUGUUGCUUCAGUGGUCAAGAUCCAGUCUAUUGUAAAAAUGUGGAAAGAAAAAAGAAAAUACAGCCGAAGGAUUCAGUUUUUCAAAGAUCAUGAAAAAGAAAUUGUGAAAAUCCAGGCUUUCUUGAAAGCCAACAAGGCCAGAGAUGACUACAGAACUCUAACUGGAGCCACAGAUCCUCCUCUGUCAGUGGUGCGCAAGUUUGUUCACUUGUUGGAGCAGAGUCCCCUGGAUUUACAGGAGGAACAGAAGGUGACACAGCUCAGAGAGGAGGUGGUCACAAAGAUUCGCUCCAAUCAGCAGAUGGAGAAAGACUUAAAUCUAAUGGACAUAAAGAUCGGACUACUCGUGAAGAACCGGAUCACCUUGCAGGAUGUUGUGUCGCAUAACAAGAAAAUGAAGAACAAGAAAAAUAAAGCGAGUAAAGAUGGCCCAAUGAGGGGAGACGGGCUGGGUAUUAAGGGCCUCAGUAAAGGCAAGAGAAGAAAACUGGAAGCCUACCAACAUCUCUUUUACCUCCUGCAGACAAAUCCCUCUUAUCUGGCUAAGCUGAUCUUCCAGAUGCCCCAAAACAAGUCGACAAAGUUUAUGGAUACUGUGAUUUUCACUCUGUACAACUAUGCUUCUAACCAAAGAGAGGAAUACCUGCUGCUUAAACUCUUCAAGACUGCUCUCGAAGAAGAGAUCAAAUCUAAAGUGGACCAAAUCCAGGACAUAGUGACAGGUAACCCAACAGUCAUCAAGAUGGUGGUGAGCUUUAAUAGAGGUGCUCGCGGCCAUAACACCCUCAGGCAGCUGUUGGCUCCAGUAGUCAAAGAUAUCAUCGAUGACAAGAGUUUAGGCAUCAACACCAACCCCGUGGACGUGUACAAAGCCUGGGUCAACCAGCUGGAGUCGCAAACUGGAGAAGCCAGUAAGCUACCCUAUGAAGUCACCCCUGAGCAGGCCAUGUCACAUGAGGAAGUGCGCAGCAGGCUGCAGGCAUCGAGUUUAGCUCUGCGCUCUGCUACUGAUAAGGUCUUGAACUCCAUUGUGUCUUCUCUGGAUAAUAUCCCUUACGGUAUGAGAUACAUUGCAAAGGUUCUGAAGAAAACCCUCCAUGAAAAGUUUCCAGAAGCCUCAGAAGAUGAACUGUUGAAGAUCGUAGGGAACCUUCUGUACUACCGCUACAUGAAUCCAGCCAUCGUGGCCCCUGAUGGCUUUGACAUCAUCGACAUGUCAGCAGGAGGCCAGCUUCACCAAGAUCAGCGACGCAACUUGGGAUCUGUGGCAAAGAUGCUCCAGCAUGCCGCCGCCAAUAAGCUGUUUGAGGGCGAGAAUGCACAUAUGACACCCAUGAACAACUACAUAUCUCAGACGUACCAGAAAUUCAGGCAAUUUUUCCAGUCUGCAUGUGAUGUUCCUGAACCCGAGGAGACGUUUAAUAUCGACGAAUACUCGGACAUGGUGACCUUGAGUAAACCUAUCAUCUACAUCUCAAUAGAGGAGGUCAUCAAUACCCACUCGCUACUUUUGGAACAUCUGGAAGCCAUCUCUCCAGACCGCAAUGACCUGCUUCAUGAGCUGCUUCAGGACCUGGGAGAUGUGCCUGAUAUAGAAGAGUUGCUUGGUGAAGGAGCUGUAGAUGCAAAUGAUCCCAACAGGGAGAGUGCUCUGAGCCAGCUGGCAAAGACUGAGAUCUCCCUCACAUUAACCAGCAAGUUUGAACUGCUGGAGGGGGAUGGCAAAGACCUGAAGACUCUCAUUACAAAGACAAAAAAGCUAAUAGUUGAUGUUGUUCGGAUUCAAGCUGGAGAGACGUUGCCUGAAAUUCUUGAGACCCCAGCUACUGCACCACAGGAGAUGGAGCAUACAAGGAUUGUGGAGCGCAGGGCAGUCCAAGAUGCUCAGACACCAGAGGGUCUGAAGAGUUGCCCCGCAGUGCUGGAGGACAGCCAGCUGCCUCUGGAACAGAAGAAGAGGAAGGUCCUGAGGAACCUCCGGAACCUCGAGCAAGCUGGCCUCGUCACUGUGUCCAACAAAUACCAAGACCUCAUCAACGACAUAGCCAAGGACAUCCGGUACCAAAGGCGAUACCGACAGAGGAGAAAGGCCGAGCUCACCAAGCUGCAGCAAACGCUGACGGCACUAAACUCAAAGACUGAAUUCUUUCAGGAUCAGAUGAACUACUAUGAUACCUACAUCAAGACUUGCCUGGAUAACCUCAACCGGAAGAAUUCACGCAGAUCCAUAAAACUGGACAGCAAGGGCAGUAAAAAGUGGAAGCCUCAGUCCCUUAAGUACACUGCAGCCAGGCUGCAUGAGAAGGGCGUCAUCCUGGAAAUAGAAGGUCUCCAAACCAACCAGUUCAAAAAUGUCAUGUUUGACAUUUCACCUUCUGAGGAAGUUGGUGAUUUUGAGGUGAAGGCAAAGUUUAUGGGGGUUGAGAUGGAAAAGGUCCAGCUUCAUUUCCAGGACCUCCUACAGCUGCAGUACGAAGGCGUGGCGGUCAUGAAGAUGUUUGACAAAGCCAAAGUCAACGUCAAUUUACUCAUUUUCCUCCUGAACAAGAAAUUCUAUGGAAAAUGAAGGAGGGGGAAGAGGGCAAGAAAAGUGGGCUGGAAGAAACCGGUUGUGCCUUGUUAAUACAAAAGAGGUCUGAAGACAUCACAUGUGGUAAAACUGUUCCUUUCCCAUUAGCUUAUAAUUUAAUGAAUCGCACCAAAUGAAGCACCAGCUUUGUCUGUUUGUUUUUUUUGCACGUGGUGAUUGUAUAUGUUAUUUACUUUUAAGAAAUAAACUGUAAUGAUAUUCAUAUUUUGUAAAAGAUGAAAGGAGAAACCCAUAUUUGUAGUAAGCCUGAAAACGUUGCUGGAAGUGUCAGAGGAGCAGCAGUGUUUGGUUCACCGGCCGCCUGAGAAGAGCUGCAGCCCUCCUUUGCCUUUUUAACCUCGGACAGAAACCUUUUAAUCCAACAUAAAAGCUAAGCCUGAUGUAUUUUUUAAAUAUAUGGAACAUUGUGCUUAAUAAAUUGCAUAAAUCACA